AUGGCUGAAGAAAUUGUUCAACAAAUGCGUAUUAUACAAGAGGUAGUUUGUCAAUUAGAUAUUCGUUUAUCUGAUAAUAGACCUGAAAUAACAAAUCAAUAUGGUUAUUUAAAAUUUGAUAUGAAUGAGUUAAGUUCAAUAACACGACUCUCACAAUAUAUUCGAUUAUCUCAUGGAACAAGUGCAAGAACUAUAGUUGAAUUUAUGAGACGUGGUUGGCGUUUACCUACACCGGAUUUAAUUAUUUCGGUUACUGGUGGUGGUAAACAAUGUAAUAUGUCAACACAUCUUAGAAAAACAUUUCAACGUGGAUUAGUUGCUGCUGCUGCAACAACAAAUGCAUGGUUGAUUACAGCUGGAACAAAUGCAGGUGUUAUUAAAGAAGUUGGUAAAGCACUCGAUAAUUAUCGUUAUAAAAAUCGAAAACAUGCUCUUGAUGUUCCAUGUAUUGGAAUUGGUAGUUGGAAACAUACAGCUGGAACUGAACAAUUGAAUUGUACAUCAAAUAUAGAUAUUGAUGUAACUAUAGAUAGAGAAAGUCGAUCAGCAAAUCAUUCUCGACAAAGUACAACUGAAGCAGUUCAUAUGAAUGUUGCUGAUGAAUAUAAUAUACGUUCAUAUUGUUCGGGACAAUCAGAAAACGGACAAUGUGAUUUAGAACCUAAUCAUACACAUUUUUUAUUAUUUGAAGGUGAAUCAUGUACUGCUGAAGAUGUUCUUCUUCGACGAACAGAAAUUGAACAAUAUUUAAGAGAAAUAAAUACAACAUUAAUAACAACAGAUAUAUUAACACCGAUUGUUAUGAUUCUUGUUGAAGGUGGUGCAUUAUCAAUUCGUGCUGUUUGUCAAGCACUUGAAACAAAUGUUCCAUUAGUUGUUGUUAAAGAAUCUGGUCGAGCUGCUGAUUUAGUUGCGGAUUUAUAUACAUAUUUUAAUCAGAUUGAAAUUGAUCAUGGUGUUAGUGACAGAAGAUUUAUUAAUAAAGAUCGUCCUACUGAUAUUUCAUAUAAAGAAAUUCGAUUGAAUUCAAUAUUACAUAAACAUCGAGCUGAUAAUAAUGUAUGGAUUGAUCAAAUAAAAGAACGAUUAUGUAAUAUUAUGAAUCAACGAAGACAUUUAAUAACUAUAUUCAAAUUUGACAGUGAACGACAUCAUGGAAAUUUAGAAGAUGCUAUACUUGAAGCUCUUUUUAAUGCUGCAAAAUUUUCUGAAGGAAUUCAUAAUGAACAACAAUGUCGUGUAGCUGAACUUAAAUUAGCUAUGGCAUGGCAAAAAUUAGAUUAUGCACAAAAACAUAUUCUUACAGAUAGAACUAUUUCUAAAUGGGAAAGGGAUGAUCUUCGUCGAGCUUUACUCGAUGCUUUUCGUCGUGGCCAUGUUGAUUUUGUUGAAUUACUUAUUGAAUAUGGUGCAUCACUGGAAAAAUUAACAAUUAACGAUAUUGAACAAUUAUAUGAAACAGUUGAUGCAGAUAAUGGAUUACCCGUUGAGAACAAAUUAAAACCAACACGAGAUGAUUAUUAUUCAAUUUAUUUUAAUAAACAAUUUCAUGUUGAUAGUAUAUCAUCGGAUAAGAAUUGUCCAUUAGGACAAAAUGCUCGUCGUGAACUAUUUCUUUGGUCUAUUUUUGUUGAUCGAUUUGAACUUGCUAAAUAUUUAUGUUCAAAAACUUGGAAUCAAUCUGUUGCAGCAUUAAUCGGUGCACGAAUAUAUCGAUUAGCAGCUCAAACAGCAAUUCAUUCAGAAACAAAAGAUGAAUAUGAAAAAAAUGCCGAACAAUUUGAUAAUUAUGCAAUGUUAAUUAUUGAUCGAUGUUUUGAUAAUGAUGAAUAUUUUGCUGUUGAAUUAUUAAAACAAAAUGCUGCAGCUUUUGAUAAUGUCGAUCCAUUAAAAGUAGCUCAAGAAGCAAAUUGUCGAAUUUUUCUAGCAUCGAAAUGUGUUCAAAGAUAUUUAGAUAAUCAAUGGUUUGGAAAUAUUAAUUAUAAACGAAAAGCAAUUAAUUUUCGAGUUUUUCUUGUUUCACUUUUCAUUCCAUUGAUGCCUUUAUUUUCUGUUUUCUUACCAUAUGUACAAGAACGUAAAGAGAUAGUUUCAUAUGGAAAAAGUGGAAAUGGUGUUAUUAUUCGUACAGUAAUAAAAUCUGAUCAUGAUGUUGAAUAUAAUCGUGUUCGAUGGUCAGAUAAAUUUAUUUAUUUUUAUCAAGCACCUAUUGUUCGAUUUUAUUAUAAUAUGAUCUUUUAUAUUCUCUUUCUUGGAUUAUUCAGUUAUGUUCUUUUAAUUAAUUUUUUUCCAUGGAAUAUUAUGCUUGAUAAUACUACUCUUUCGUUAGGACAAAGCGAAAUUAUUCUUCAUAUAUGGAUAUGGAGUUUAAUUCUUGAAGAAAUUCAUAAAUUUUAUUUAAUGGAAAAUCAUGAAUAUUUUUAUGAUGUUUGGAAUUUAAUUAGAUUGACAGCUAUUGUUUUAUAUCUCAUUGGAUUUAUGACAAGAUUUGUAUUAAUUGAAGCUAUUUUUACAAUUUCAAAAAUCUUUCUAUGUAUUGAUUUAAUUGUUUGGUUUGUUGGAACUCUUCAUCUAUUUACAGCUUUUGAACGACUUGGUCCGAAAUUAUUAAUGAUUUUAAAUACGAUGAAAGAUCUUCUAUUUUUUAUUUGUUUUAUUCUUAUUUUUCUCUGCGGUUUUUCAAUUGCAUCAUGGUCGUUGAUAAAUACAAAAUCUCAAAUAAAUUGGAUCUAUGAUGAUCAUGGAAAUUUACUUAAUAUAACUGUCAAUACUAUGGAACAUAAAUCAUGGUCAUGGCAAUUAAUUAAAGAUAUAAUUAAUCAUGGAAUAUGGAAAGUAUUUGGACAAAUCGAUCCUAUUCAUGGUACAGAUUCAUAUUCAAAUAUCGCAUUUGUUUUAGCGAUUAUUUUUGUUGCUAUUGCAAAUGUACUUCUUCUUAAUGUACUUGUUGCAUUGUUUAAUGUUACUAUUCAAAAUGUUCAAGAACAAGCUCAUGAUUUAUGGCGAUAUCAACGAUUUUUAAUUGUCAAUGAAUAUAGUAAAAAAACUCCAGUGCCACCACCAUUUAAUACGAUCUAUUAUCUAUUUAUCGCUCUUCGACAUGUCGUAAGACUUUGUCAUAAUUUUAGCGAUGUAAUGCAACGUGAAAGUGCUAUAGCUGAUGAUUUUUGGAGAUAUGCUUUGAAACAUGCUAAGAAAAAUCAUAUGGAUAUGGUUUUAGAAAAUAUUGAACGAAAGUAA